CGUCGGGACAGAGGGCCUGGCGGCGGGCGCGGGGCACUUCAAAGGCCUGUCGGGCUCAGCCCGCCCUGGAGCCCAGCGUCCCUUGGCUCGGGGAGCCGCUGCUGCCCCCCGCUGCGCAUCGCAGCGCCCGGACAGGACAGGACAGGGCAGGACGGGAGAGGCGGGGCAAGAGCCGGCAGAGCAAAGGCCGGAAUCUCCUGGCAAGGAAACAGUAAAGCCCCCCCUCCGCCUGGAUCCCAAGGGGCGGAGGGCAGGGCGGGGCUGGCCGGCUGCUGCCCCACGCGGCGCCCAGGCUGGCGGCGCCCCCGGCGGGCUCCCCGUGCCCCUCUGUCAUGCGUGUGGUUUGGGACGAGAAGGCGAGUCCGUGCGCCAAGAAAAGCCGAGCGCCCCCGAGCCCCGCCGCAGAGCCCGGGCACCAGCCGCCGGCCCCCGCUAACUACGCCCAGGCGCUACCCUCGCCGCUCAUUGGAGCGGGACUGAGCGGAGCGACCAGACCCUGCGCUGCCCUGGGAACAGCAGGAGCAGGCCCGGGCCAGAGACCCCAACUCCGGCCAGCACGGGGGAGACAGAACCCGCGAAGCACUGCCCGCCCCCAGGGACUAGUUCCUCCGGGACCCGGAGCCCCCGCCAGUCUGCCGCCAAGCGGAGCAGGGGGCAGAGCCCGUCCGUGCGCCCAACUCCUCUGCUCCUUCCCCCGCAGGUGGCUCCGGGUCGCGAUGGGCAGAGGUACCGUGCAAGUGCUGCUGCUCCUGGGACUGCUGCACUGGGGCCCCGGUGGCGAGGGCAGGAAGAACUGGAGACGGCGAGGGCAGCAGCCGUCGGCUGCGGCGGCAGCCCGGGAGCGGAGCGAAGCGACCGGGCAGCCCGUGGAGAGCUUCCCGCUGGACUUCACCGCCGUGGAAGGCAACAUGGACAGUUUCAUGACUCAGAUCAAGAGCCUGGCGCAGUCGUUGUAUCCGUGCUCGGCCCAGAACCUGCACCACGAGCUGCGCCUCCAUACACUGCUCAACAGCUCGGUCACCUGCAACGACGGCAGCCCGGCCGGCUACUACCUCAAAGAAUCAAAAGGCAGUAGAAGGUGGCUGCUGUUCCUGGAAGGAGGAUGGUAUUGCUUUAACAGAGAAAAUUGUGAUACCCGCUACGAUACAAUGAGGAGGCUGAUGAGCUCCAAGGAGUGGCCCAUUACCAAAACUGGAACUGGGAUCCUGUCAUCACAGCCAGAAGAAAAUCCGCACUGGUGGAACGCAAACAUGGUUUUCAUCCCCUAUUGCUCAAGUGAUGUUUGGAGUGGUGCCUCUUCCAAAUCUGAAAAAAAUGAAUAUGCCUUCAUGGGAGCCCUCAUAAUACAAGAGGUAGUAAAGGAGCUGGUGGGAAAAGGCCUUAAUAAUGCAAAAGUUCUACUCCUGGCCGGAAGCAGUGCUGGGGGAACUGGGGUGCUUCUGAAUGUGGAUCGAGUAGCAGAGCAGCUGGAGGAGAUGGGUUAUCAAGGGAUUCAGGUCCGAGGGCUGGCAGAUUCUGGCUGGUUCCUGGAUAAUAAACAGUACCGCAGAACUGACUGUAUUGAUACCAUAACCUGUGCCCCAACAGAAGCUAUUAGGAGAGGAAUCAGAUAUUGGAAUGGCAUUGUUCCUGAACGCUGCAAACUGCAGUUUAAAGAGGGAGAGGAAUGGAAUUGCUUUUUUGGCUAUAAAAUUUAUCCCACUCUUCGAUGUCCAGUCUUUGUGGUGCAGUGGCUCUUUGAUGAGGCCCAGCUCACUGUAGAUAAUGUGCAUCUAACUGGACAGCCUGUCCAGGAGGGGCAGUGGCUCUACAUCCAGAAUCUGGGCCGGGAGCUAAGAAAUACCCUGAAAGAUGUGACUGCUAGUUUUGCUCCAGCCUGUUUGUCUCAUGAGAUCAUUACGCGCAAUCACUGGACAGACAUUCAGGUGAAAGGAACUUCGUUACCCCGUGCCCUGCAUUGCUGGGACCGCAGCCUGCAUGACAGCAACAAAAAUGGGAAAGCCCCUUUGAAGGGUUGCCCAAUCCAUCUGAUUGACAGCUGUCCCUGGCCCCACUGUAACCCCUCAUGCCCUACCAUCCGGGACCAGUUCACAGGGCAGGAGAUGAAUGUGAUCCAGUUCCUCAUGCACAUGGGUUUUGAUGUUCAGAAGAUGGCACAGCAACAGGGCCUGGAGCCCAGUAAACUUCUGGGGAUGCUGAGCAGUGAUAGCUAGAAAGGGUUCUCUAUGAAAGGGCAGAAUGAUCAGAUAAGGAGGGGGAGCCUCUAAGCUUCUCUCCCAAACUCUUUAACCUUCUCCAUUCUCAUGCAGGCACACUUACACACAUGCACACUCACAAGCACACGUGCACACUUAGUGUGUGUCAA